CUCGGCGCCCGCUAUACUGCUCACAGCAAGGUUUUUGUUUUUUUACCAUUUCCCUCUUCAAACCGGAAGCGAGCCCUACGGGUUCCGGUGCAAGAAGAGACACUUAAAGUCGCCCUUCCCAAGGUUUGUUUUUUUUCCUGUCUUUCGAACGCUGAAAAAUCUACAAAUUCAUCAUGAUUCUUCAACAGCUGUUUAGGUUUUCUUCUAUUUUUCAUUCAACACUCUCAAUCCACUUACGUAGAAAUAUUGGCUUUUCUGCCAUUGUGUUUAACAAGGCAAAGGAACUUGAUCCUGUACAGAAACUCUUCGUGGACAAGAUCAGAGACUAUAACACAAAAAGCCAGAAAGCUGGUGGCCCUGUUGAUGCUGGCCCACACUUUGAGAAAGAGAUGAAUGAACAAACUCUGAAACUCCAGCGGUUAUAUGGUGGUGGAGAUCUGACCAAAUUUCCAGACUUCAAGUUUGAGGAACCUAAGUUUGAAGAGGAACAGAAGUGAUGAUGUGGUCGUGUGUGCACAUCAAGCAACUGUGUCGGAUUGGAUUUGUUGAAUAGUCUUUGUGACUUCAAUAAAUAGUUCAGUGUUCAAUCUAUGAAUUUCUGUAUUUAGUGAUGCCCAUGUGCAACAACUUCUAUAAGGGAGAAUGAGAUAAAUAUUUUAAUUUGAGAUAAACGCAAACAGUUCCUGUUUCCCUAUUAGGCAAGUAAUUAAAUUUCACUGCUUAUAUGUUUAUGGCAGAGAGAGUCUGUUUAGCACUAUUAUGGAUGGGAAAUAAAAAUGUUAAACUAUA